UCCCAGCCCGUCCUGUGCUCCCUGCGAAACCUCACAUCCUCCCCCCUUGCCUUUCUGCUGCCCACACAAUCUUGGGGCCCUGCAAGUGCGUUGUCGGGUUUUCCUUGUGGCGCUCCUGCCGUCGUUCCCGUGGAAGGAAGAAAAUACCUUGGGGGACACGCCCCCCAACGUGAAGCCGAGAGAUUGUCACCCCUUUCUAGCAUCCUCAUCUUCAUUGGUAUUUGUGAUGCAUGGCGCUGUGGCUGUGGAGAUGUGUGUGUGCUGUUUGUCUCCACUGAAGGGGAUUUAAAAGUCACCUAAAGAUUCUUAGACAUCAGAAAUUGCACUUCGGGAAUGAAGGAGAAGUGGGUUCCCUGGCUACUUGUUUUUCUCUCUCGGGUUACUAUUGAAGAAGCCCAUUCAUACAGAAGACCCAUUUAACAAUGAGCAUCAGGAGAGGCAAGAAGUUGAAAUGUUGGCUAAGAAGUUUGAAAUGAAAUAUGGUGGGAAACCCCGUAAACACCGGAAGGAUCGGCUACAAGAUUUAAUUGAUAUAGGCUUUGGCUAUGAUGAGACAGACCCGUUUAUUGAUAACUCAGAGGCUUAUGACGAAUUAGUUCCUGCUUCUCUAACCACAAAAUAUGGCGGCUUUUACAUCAACACUGGCACUCUCCAGUUUCGUCAGGCUUCAGACACUGAAGAGGAAGAUAUUACCGACAACCAAAAGCACAAGCCACCUAAAGUUUCCAAAGUAAAAGAUGAUAUUGAGAUGAAGAAGCGGAAGCGGAAAGAGGAAGGAGAAAAGGAGAAGAAGCCAAGAAAAAAAGUACCCAAACAACUGGGAGUUGUGGCUCUAAAUUCACACAAGUCUGAAAAAAAGAAGAAACGUUAUAAAGAUUCCCUUUCUCUAGCUGCCAUGAUCCGGAAAUUUCAGAAAGAGAAGGAUGCAUUGAAGAAGGAAUCUAAUCCCAAAGUCCCAGUGACCUUACAGACCUCUUCUCUGAAUAAGCCCCCCUCUGCCACUGUUGCGUUGGGAAAUGACGUCUCGGACUUAAACCUGAGCGGUGCCGAUCCAGACCUCCCCAUUUUUGUUAGCACAAAUGAACAUGAACUGUUUCAGGAAGCGGAGAAUGCCCUUGAGAUGCUAGAUGAUUUUGACUUUGACAGAUUACUGGAUGCUGCUUCUGAUGGCAGCCCCCUGUCUGAGUCAGGGGGAGAGAAUGGAAGCACUGCCCAUCCAGCCUGCGCCUCUCAGGUUAUGCCCAAGCUGGUACCCACGCUCCCAGAGGGUCUGCCUGUGCUGCUUGAAAAACGUAUCGAAGACCUCCGCGUCGCUGCCAAACUUUUUGAUGAAGAGGGAAGGAAAAAAUUCUUUACACAGGAUAUGAAUAAUAUUCUUCUGGACAUUGAGUUACAGCUGCAAGAGCUCGGCCCUGUCAUUCGUAGUGCUGUCUAUUCCCAUCUUGAAGCCUUUGUGCCAUGCAAUAAGGAAACGCUGGUGAAACGUCUAAAGAAGUUACAUCUCAAUGUCCAGGAUGAUCGUUUAAGAGAACCUCUGCAAAAGCUGAAAUUGGCUGUUAGCAAUGUCAUGCCUGAACAGCUGUUUAAAUACCAGGAGGACUGCCAGGCUCGUAGUCAAGCAAAGUGUGCCAAGUUGCAAACAGAAGAAGAGCGAGAAAAAAAUGGAUCUGAGGAAGAUGAUGAUGAGAAGCCAGGGAAACGUGUCAUAGGACCAAGAAAGAAAUUCCACUGGGAUGACACUAUUAGAACUUUGUUAUGUAACCUUGUUGAAAUCAAAUUGGGAUGCUAUGAGUUAGAGCCAAAUAAAAGCCAGUCUGCUGAGGAUUAUCUUAAAUCCUUUAUGGAGACAGAGGUGAAACCAUUGUGGCCUAAGGGCUGGAUGCAGGCAAGAAUGCUUUUUAAAGAAAGCCGGAGUGUACAUAAUCAUCUUACUUCUGCUCCGGCAAAGAAAAAGGUGAUCCCUGCACCUAAACCCAAAGUGAAGGACUGCAGUCCAAAAAAGGACCAGAAGACCCCUGCCUCCGUGGCAGCUCCCACUGGCGGCCCCCCGGCGAGCUCCGGCUCCUCGGCCGUGGCCUCCACCAGCUCUGGCUCGGUAGCAGCCCAGGAAACCAUCUGCCUUGACGACUCCCUGGAUGGAGACUUUUCCUUCCCUUCACCCUCACUGGAGUUGGUUUCUGAAGCUCUAGCUGUUAUCAACAGUGGGAACAAGGGUCCCCUAGUUGGCUCCAGGAUAAACAUGCCAACAACAAAACCUCGUCCAGGACUGAGAGAAGAAAAAUUAGCAAGCAUCAUGAGUAAGCUGCCACUGGCUGCUCCCAAAAAGCUUGAUUCUACUCCGACUGCACAUUCGUCGAGUCUUAUUGCUGGCCACACCGGACCAGUGCCAAAGAAACCCCAGGAUUUAGCUCAGACCGGCAUCUCUUCAGGCCUUAUUGCUGGGUCUUCGAUUCAGAACCCUAAAGUUUCCCUGGAACCUUUGCCAGCCAGGCUACUUCAGCAAGGGCUACAGAGGUCAGGCCAGAUCCCUGCUUCUUCCUCCUCACAGACCCACGUCUCCUCAUCCCAAGCCCAAGUCGCUGCCUCCUCUCAUGCUCUGGGAACGUCAGAGGCCCAGGAUGUGUCUUCGUUAACACAGGUCACAAAGGUGCACCAGCAUUCAGCUGUCCAGCAGAACUACGUGUCUCCAUUGCAAGCAACCAUUAGUAAAUCACAGACCAACCCAGUGGUGAAAUUAAGUAAUACCCCCCACCUGUCCUGCUCAUCCCCACUUAUGAAGACUUCAGAUAAGCCACUUAUGUACCGCCUCCCCUUGUCCACUCCCUCAUCUGGAAAUGGUUCUCCAGGGUCUCACCCCCUGGUCUCUAGGACAGCACCUAGCACCACUACCUCCAGUAACUAUUUAGCCAAGGCUAUGGUGUCGCAGAUCUCCACGCAGGGUUUCAAAUCUCCCUUCUCAAUGGCUGCAUCCCCCAAACUCGCUGCCUCUCCGAAACCUGCCACAUCUCCGAAACCCCUGCCCUCACCUAAGCCUUCUCCCUCACCCAAGCCCUCUCUGUCAUCUAAACCUUCAGUAUCAACUAAGCUUAUGUCUAAAUCCAGCCCAACUCCCAAGCCCACUGUAUCCCCAAGUUCUUCCAGUCCAAAUGCACUAGUAGCCCAGAGUAGUCACUCCAGCAGUAACAACAGAGUCCAUAAACAGCCCAGUGGAAUGAGCGUCAGUAGACAGUCUCCCACCUUGAGCUUACUACCCGCUAAUCGCACUUCAGGCCUUCCGUCUACAAAAAAUCUUCAGGCCUCUUCAAAGCUAACAAACUCAUCAUCCACUGGAACUGUUGGGAAGAAUAGCUUGAGUGGAAUUGCAGUGAAUGUACCUGCCAGCAGAGGUGGCAACCUUAACUCAAGCAGAGCUAAUAGGACUAGUCUGUCUGGGGGAACAGGAAGUGGAACACAGGGUGCUACUAAACCGUUGUCUACUCCACAUAGACCAUCCUCUGCCUCAGGGUCUUCAGUGGUAACAGCCAGUGUGCAGUCCACAGCAGGAGCGUCAUUAUUGGCUAAUGCCUCACCUCUGACUCUCAUGACAUCACCUUUGUCUGUAACAAAUCAAAAUGUGACUCCUUUUGGGAUGCUGGGUGGCCUUGUUCCAGUGACCAUGCCCUUCCAGUUUCCCUUGGAGCUACUUGGCUUUGGAACGGACACAGCUGGAGUGACAAGCACCUCGGGAUCUACCUCAGCCGCUUUCCACCACAGCCUAACUCAGAAUUUACUAAAGGGUUUACAGCCGGGAGCUCAGCACGCAGCACCACUUUCCCACUCCCCUCUGCCUGUACACUUACAGCAAACAUUUCACGAUGGAGGCCAAAGUAAAGGAGACAGUAAACUGCCGCGGAAAUCUCAGUGACUUCCCAGCGAGCAAAGGCGAGGAGGCGUGUGAUUGGCUGGUGGACUCUACCUGAAGGGAAAGUACUUGUGUGGUCACAGCUGCUGCUUCUGUCGAUGUUUACAUUCUCUCGUCCCAAGCACUGUGGUGAGGAGGAAAGAAAAAAAAAUUACUUGAUCAAAGCCAGGUGCAGGAGGAAGCAAUGCUUUCGUGCAAAGUUAGUGACCUUUGGUCUCUUCUAAAGAAAGACAGAGUUACCAUAUUAACUGACUUGAAAGAGACUCAGUUGUCAAACCCACAGAAGUACAAAUUUGAUUUUUCCCGGGGGAGGAAGAGGAAGUUGAGAGGAUUCGGGGGUGGACACCAUCCAUCUUAGGGGUCGGAUCUGGAUGCUCGCCGGCAUAAUUGUGUAAUAAAAGGCAGUAUCCUGGAAUUAGGCCAGUUAGUCAGGAGUAUGAUCAUGUCUGUUGGAGUAGACUACGCAGCAUAUUUGCCACACACACAAAAAAAAAUAGUGGCCCUACAUCUGAUGUAGCAGUAGCUGAAUAUGUGCCGUGUCCUCAGAAAUCCUGAGCAAACUGGAAUCUUCCCAGAGGGCAGCUCCCCACGCAGAGCAGUGGGCGGGAGAUGCCGGAGGAGAGUUGUGUUAGCGCAGUGAUGUAUGUUACUGAGUCACCGUGGUUUCUAAAGUCAGACGAAACCUAGACGUCCCCUUUUUGUAAAAGGGUCAGUCACAUCUUCCGUUCAGAAGCAGGUACUUAACUCUUUUCUUCAGGUGAUUUGUGCAUCUGGUAUUGACGGUUAGUAUUGCCGCUCUUGAUGUUAAAAUGGGACUGUGUUCACAUUUUUCUCUUGCAAAGUGGGGCUCCUUUGCUCUCAGGCUGCUGCUUCAGUGCUCUGAGCCGUCACAGGCCGGCCAGCGCCAACUGUCGGGAGCCCCUGCGCCCCUCACUUGCCCUCAGUUCACAGCUUCUUGUUCUCUUUCUCUCAGCUGGCGGCUCUUCAGGGGGUCUGAGCUGCUGGCACACUGCGUAGGCCUCUGUGGUCAUUCAGGAUGGCAUUCGUCCAUUUGGGAUUUUGAAGAUGCUAUUUUAAAGAAAGAAUUACAUUAGGGUGAAGGGAUUAUUUUUUAUAACAUUCACAGCACGUUUGUACUCCCUAUGUCCAAUGUAGCAAAAUUGAUUUGGAGCAGUUAGGAUCUUAAAGCUUUACUAACGUUGGUGUGAAAGUAAACCUCAGAUAAGACUCCUUCGUUAUGCAAACGGCAUAGCCCACAAAGGACGUUAAGGGAGAAAUGUAUCUGUUUGGAUGCAUUUGAUUUGAUUUUUUUCACCUCAUCCUUUUUCUCCUGCUUUUUUUUUCCUAUUUAGGCUUCUAAAUGUUUUCAGACUGUGCCCAUAAGGGUGGUUUAAGCUCGUUACAUGGUCCAUGGAUAAUAACAGACUAAUCUAAAAAAACAAAGUUACAAAACCUAUUCAGCAUCAGGCUGGUAGUAGCAAGAUUUCGCUCAUAUGUCUUCAUUACACAUCACCCUAUACCAUUAAGUUUAUUUAAAUGAAAGUAUUAUUUAUUUAAUACUUUUCUCCUCUGAUAAACAAAAGCCCCAAAUGAUCUAUAGGACUGUGAAUAAAUUUCCGCAGAUCUGUUCAGAUCUCUAUGCCUCUACUUCGGCUUCAAAGUCACAUUGGCUGGCUUCAUAGUAACUAGUUAAGAAAUAAUGAAAACUUUAGUUCCAAGAACUUGUUACAAUAAGGGGAAAAGAUUGUUUCAAAGGAAUCAUUGAUACAAUUUCUUGGCUUCUAAGAGUUUAGUUUACCAGUGAAACAAACAAGAAUGUCAUGUCCACCUCAGUGGGCACUUUGGGAGGACCGUGGUGUCUUGCAGAAAGAUCUGACUUGCAUUGGGUAUGUUUGAUUAAGGUUUGGCUGGUUUUUCAUUGGGGCCGUUUACCAGUUCUUGGUUUGUUCCAGUGUGGUGGACCUCUUACUAUUCUCUAAUUUGAGAAAAAAUGUCUUUGCUAGUAUCUGGGUAAGUGAUAGGAGCUUUUCCUUGGAAAGAUAGUCUUUGUUUUACUUCUCAUACCAGGAGAGAAAUCAGAUCUUUUCAGAGUGCAUAUUGAUCUGUCUUCCUGCUGACCAUUGUGCAUGUACACACGUAUACAUAGUGUGUGUGCGCCUGUAUACAUGGAAAUAUAGAUGCACACACACAGAGGUAUAUAUAAAUUCAUCAUAGGUUUAAAUCAAGAAAUAAUGUUAAUUUCUUAACCCAUCAGUUCUGAAUCAUGCCUUAUGAAGAUCCCUGCUGACUCCUUUCUUUGUUGUCAUUAGAAAAAACAUCAUGAACUCUUCCCCCAGCAUCAUUGUAUACAAACUAGUCAGAUGUCUGAAGGCCCUCGGCUCUUAAGAAGUCCGUACGGGGGGCUUCUAUUUUUUUUCUCUUCAGUCUCGAUGCCUGAAGAGCAGCUGCCAGGCCCCCUCGCCCACCACGUUUGCACUGACCCCACCUCCUUCCUCUCAGUCCAGUCCCCCUCUUGGUGUACAGAUGGGUCAGACAACUUGUAUAUCAUGCGUGGAUAAAGUGUGAUCAGAGUUCCUGCGUGUAGACCAUAACAUUGAAAAUGGCGUCCGUGCUUCAUGGCCACCUGUAUUCACAGUUUUUCGUACUAAAAACCAACGUGUAAAUUGGUUAUUUUUAGCACAGAGACUUGCGACUCAUACUGUAUUUUUGCACUUGAAAUCGAAUCAUGUUAUUUUUUAAGGUGGUGAGUAGUCUGAAAGGCUGUAGAGUGACAUGUUUCCAGAGAGCGUUAGCAACACCCCAAUGCAAAAAUAAUCAGCACACUUAAUUACGUCCCGUUUGUGGGAUUCUUGAUUCAGGAAGACUGAGCUGUUUGUUUUCAACACUAUCUUGUGUUUUAAAUUGCCUUCACUGAUGAUAUAAGCUGUUACUGUACAUACAAGUUAAUCCUCAGUAUUCACAAGCAAUAAUGGGCAGCGGAGCUGUCUUCCGAGACAGUGCUGGGCCUCAGAUGGAGACUGUUUGGGAGCAAAGUGUCAAGCUCAUUCAGAGCCUCCAAAGUAAAUGCAAGCAAUAAUUUCCAUUAUAAGUCUAUGAUAAUGCUUUCUCGUAUGCUUCUGAGAUCAGAGGGUUUAAAAAAAAAAAAAAUCAUGAUUUUUAAGCGGCCUGAAGAAAAAGGUUUCGAGAAAAGAAGUGAGGUUAAUCCCAAGGGACAAAGUCCUGAUCUCGUUUUGAGGACAUGAGAGGAUUGUGUUAGUGUGUUCUCUCAUGCCCACCACCCCUUGGAUGGAUGUUGUUAGCCCCAUUACAUUUUUUACAUCAUAAAAGCUGAGUUGGGUUUAUUGUAUCACCAAGGUAAAGGGGAAGAACUGGGCAUGUGUUUGAAUGCUGUGGGUUUGACACCUGGUGGAAAAAACUUGCUGGAAGUGAUUUUAACCCAGGCUGUUUUUUUUCCAAAGCAGAUCUGAAUUGUUUACUACCCAGGGUUGGGAAGGGCAGGCACUUCCAGUCUUUCUCCUCUGGUUGCCCUCUGCCACACCCCUUUCCCCCUCUACUUGGUUCAAGACAUUUUAUGAAAUAAAAAUUCUCCUGUUAUUCAAACUGCCAUUGAUUAUGAGAACUCUGUACCCCUUGGGAUCAUCUCUUAGGGCUCCAGUUGUCUGUCAUAUUUGCUGCUACGUUUGUGUAAUGAACUUUGCCUGUAUUGGUUGACUUCAGUCUAAUUGACAGUUCUUUAUUUCUAGGGGGUUUUAUCCUAUAAUUUGACCCAUGUAUAGAAUUAGGAUGCUUUAUUUUAGGAGUGUAUCAUAAAAGCACACUGGUCCCUGUAUUUUUAUCAUGUAGGUUUCACAUUUGAUUAUUUUGUUGGUUCAUUUGUGUUUUUUAAGUUGGAAAUAGAAGAAUGAGAAAAGUCUGUAAUCAGGCCAAACUUGAGAACUUCCCCUGUGCUUCAGCACUGUAAUUUCUGCUGACCUUAGGUUCUCAGAAGGGGCACUUUUAUUUUCUGUUAUGCGAGUGUGGUUGGUUUUUUCGUUUUGUUUUGUGCUUUGGGGAGGGGCUUUUGUCUUUAUAAUAAUGAAGCAGAAGAAAAAUAACAGUAGUAGAUAAAAGACUGAUUACAAGAACAUGUUAUGCAGUUUUAUUUUAUAAAACUUUAAGGGGAAAAGUGUAACUCUUUGUAAAUCACUUCUUAGCUCUGGUAAAAUGCUAGUGCUACUCCUAAAACAUGCUCAGUUCAGGCCUUUGUCUUUGUUAAGUGCCUUUUUUUUCUUUUUUUUUCUUUUUUCCCCUCUCUUUUGAAAUUGUUCUCAGAUAUCCUAAAGUACAGGCUGAUAAGUCGGGGAUUCAGGAGGAAGAACCUCAGACUUGCCAACAUCAUGUCAUGCUGUAAUACUCUUCCUUUUCUGUAUAUGUGUACGGAUAUAUGUGUAAGAUACAUAUGUAUAUAUGUUUGUGUGUGCGUAUAUAUAUGUAUGUAUUUAUACGCACACACAAACAUAUAUAUAAUACGUAUAUAUAUAUAUAUAAAACUAGUAGCUGCUGUACCAUUGCAUCCUUUCUGAAGACUCCCCUUUCAAUAAUGUUUGCAAAACUUCUGCCUUGUCUGUUCCAUUGCUUUUAGUUGCUUGAAAUGGGCAAUUGGGACAUUGCCUUUUUACAUGAUACUAUCUUCAUUUCAAUAUCUGUUUGUGCAAGUUAACAAAAAUAUAUAUCACAAGUCAGUUAUUAGACGUAAAAUAAAUUUAGCAGACUCAUUGACUCUUCCUGGAUGGAACCCACUGCUUUGUCCCUUCAAACUUUGCCUAAGUAACAUGGGAGAAAGCAGUGGACUAGCAAGGGUCUUCUGUGGGUCACGUUGGUAAGGCACACUGUGAUGGGCGAGAGUAAGGACCACGGGGUCAUGUCUGAAUAAUUUGUGAAGGAAGUUAGCACCUUCGUCAGCAUUAAAGAUGCAUCGUAUUUCCUCCUGGGAAAUGCAUUUUGAAGAAUUCAUAGCUGUGCAUCUGUUAAAAGGCUGAUAAACUUAGAAAAAAAUUCAGAUGAUGAGAAAACACAUCACCUAUAGCAUUCUCAAGAGACCUUCACUUUUGUUUUUAUUUGCUAGAUAAUUUUACACCGGCUUAAUCCGAUUUCUGGUUACUUAGAUUUCUCGUAGUUUUCAGCAUCUAUGCUUUACCUGUUUCUUGUUAAUGGGGACUAAGUUGAACCAGUCCUCAAAGACCCAGUGCAAAUACAUCUGCGAAUUGCCCCCUUUUAAGUCAGGUUUUGAUUAGAGGAGACGGGUGGCCCAGAAGGAGACAGCAAAGACCCCUGCUAGUGAGCGUGGACUCGUGUCACUCGGACUUACUGUGUUUAGGGGGGUAUUGUGUGACCUUCGUGCCUCAGGUUACCCAUUGCAAAAGUGGGUAUAACAAUAUUCACCUACCUCCCAGGGAUAGCAGAGACUUUACUAUUUCAAAAGUAUUCUGAGUUUUUCUAAAAAUGUCCUAUAUAAUUAAAAAUAGUAUUAUCAUCUUCCUGCAGAGACUGAAAAAUGUUUCCCUUAUAAUGGGUACAAAAAAGCACCAUGUGAUUUUUAAGUUAAAAAAAAAAAAAGUCACUGGAAUUCUAAUUUAGAUACAUAUUUGUUAUUUAAACAUAUUAUAUUUGUGAUGGGAUAAAAUGGUUAGUUUCAGGUUAAUGGGGUUGGGGGGAGAAUGACACUGAGCUUCAUGAUUGCAAGUGGGUUUUUGAACCUUUUGUGGUGUUACUACUGGUGCGAUUUUUGCCUGUCCUGGAGCUCAAGCUAGGUAAAGUUUGGAUGAUUGCUUAUGGGAGAUGAUCAGUGAUCUUGACAGUUUUAUCUGCCUCACAUUUCCAUCUUCUCAGUCUGAUUUCCUUAAAAUACUUGUUUGGUGAUGGACAGCUGAACUUUGAACUUUCUAAGAAUGAAUGAGUCUCCACGUUCUUGUAAGUCAGAGCGCACUGCUCCUUUAGUUAGCUGUUUCUGCAGCUUUGCACUGAGGGCAAGCACUACACAGUCAGCCGUGCGCACUGUUGGCCAGUCUCCGUUUGUGAGUCCUGCUGCUUCAACCAUGGAAGAGUUGGAGGCAACCUGUGCUUCCUAGCCAGGGCAGGGGUGGGUGGGGGUAGAGGGAAGCUUGCUUCCCCCAGCCCCCAGGAGGAAGUAAGGAUUCCCUGCCUAUGAAGUCCUAGUACAUCAGCUUUCCUCUUAUCAUUCAAAACAGCAGCUACAACAGGAAGAAUGGAUGCUGCCUUGCUGAUUAAGGCUGUUGUUCCUAGUGUGUUUAUAGAUGUAAAUUGUAGUUCAGCUCCUAUUCAGGGUCAGAAAGAGAACGAAUGAAUUAUCCAGCUUGAGUCAGAGGAAGCAAACAAAGCUGGGCAGGGGGUUAGGGGGGUUGUUUAACUCCCAGGUUUGGCCAAGGCCCAGUUAAUCUCUAGUGACAGGACUUUAUUAUUAUUAUUUUGGGGGUUUUUGUUGCUUUUCCCAGAUAAGGCCUUAGUUAGUAGCCUCUCAAUAUCAACUAUGCAGAUAAACAUACUCUUUAUUUCCCACUAUUGGUCUACAUUUUUCCUCUGUUUCCAUUUUUCAAAUAACAGAUGCUAAGACUUCUGCCCAAAGAAAUAAGGCAUAAGGGUUUUGUUGAAUUUGUGUGUUCCACUAGGGAAAAUUAACAGAGAAGCAUAAAAUAGAGAUAUUUUGUGUGUCCGUCUAGCCUAAAAUGUGAACUUUAUAUUCAGAAACUAAGGACAGCUCCUCUCACUAGUGCAGAACCGUAGGUGGUCUUAUGGAUGUCUUUGGGUCGUCGUUAGGGUGAAAUCAUCCCAGAGCUCGAUACUGAGAAAGGUUCAGAUUCUGUGGCACGGUGUUGGGGUUUGUAGAACUAAACAGAAGGUCGGACUGAUUGAGAAGAGCUCGGAUUGUUAAUGCUGGAGUCUUUUCCUGUAGUCUUCAUUCUUUCCUCUGGUCCCAGCCACCAAGGUGACCUCCUAACAACCGGUUGAUCGACUGGAACAUAAGCCACAUACUAAGAGGCUGGGGAGGGAAGGUUUAACUUUCUUCGACAUCCUUUCUUCACCCACUUGGGCAGACUAUCCUGUGUCCCCACUGAAUUGAAAAGUAAAGGCUCCAGGGAUGUUGUGGGAUCUUGUUUACAGCCCAGCAGAGGACCCAAGCAGGGACUCUUAGAAAAUUUCCAUCAAACUGCCUUUUUUUCCUCAUAUACCCCAAAGUAAAUUUGCUUGAAAGUAGCUGUGGGUGAUCUUUAUUUAGUUUCUCUGUCUUAUAAUACUUGUACUUCUCAGCCUUCCCUGCAUAUUUCUAUUUCACAGUAGUUUGUUUAGCAUUUAAACUUUAGACACUUUUCCAAACAGUUA